GGCAGUAUGGCAGCCAUGGCGUCGCCCUUCAGCGGGGCGCUGCAGCUGACGGACCUGGAUGACUUCAUCGGGCCGUCUCAGGACUGCAUCAAGCCCAUGAAGGUGGAUAAGAGGCCAGGAAGUGGCGUGGCCAAGAUCCACAUCGAAGAUGAUGGGAGUUACUUCCAGGUCAGUCAGGAUGGAGGGACUCAGAAGCUGGAGAAGGCCAAGAUCUCGCUGGAUGACUGCCUGGCAUGCAGUGGCUGUGUCACCUCAGCGGAGACUGUGCUCAUCACUCAGCAAAGCCACGAGGAGCUGCGGAAAGUUCUAGAUGCCAAUAAGACGGCGGCCCCCGGUCAGCAGAGGCUGGUUGUGGUUUCUGUCUCACCCCAAUCCAGAGCGUCACUGGCCGCAAGAUUUCAGCUGACCCCUACAGACACUGCCAAGAAGCUGACUGCAUUCUUUAAGAAACUCGGGGUGCACUAUGUGUUCGAUACCGCCUUCUCGAGGAACUUCAGUCUCCUUGAGAGCCAGCGAGAAUUUGUGCAGCGGUUCCGAGGACAGGCCAACUCCACGCAGGCCUUGCCUAUGUUCACGUCCGCCUGCCCAGGCUGGAUUUGCUAUGCUGAGAAGACGCACGGGAGCUUCCUCAUCCCUUACCUCAGCACUGCCCGGUCCCCACAGCAGGUCAUGGGCUCCCUGGUCAAGGACUUCUUUGCCCAGCAGCAGCAUUUGACCCCCGACAGGAUCUACCAUGUGACAGUGAUGCCCUGCUAUGACAAAAAGCUGGAAGCUUCCAGACCAGACUUCUUCAGCCAGGAGCACCAGACUCGUGACGUGGAUUGCGUUGUCACCACAGGGGAAGUCUUCAAGUUGCUCGAGGAAGAAGGGGUCUCCCUCUCGCAACUGGAGCCAGCCCCCCUGGACAGUCUGUGCAGCAGCGCGUCUGCCCAAGAGCCCACCAGCCAUCGGGGCGGGGGUUCUGGGGGCUACCUGGAGCACGUGUUCCAGCAUGCAGCCCGGGAGCUCUUUGGAAUCCACGUGGAUGAGGUCACCUAUAGACCCCUGAGGAACAAGGACUUCCAGGAGGUGACCCUGGAGAAGGAGGGCCGCGUCCUGCUGCACUUUGCCGCAGCCUACGGUUUCCGCAACAUCCAGAACCUGGUGCAGAAGCUCAAGCGAGGGCGCUGCCCGUACCAUUACGUGGAGGUCAUGGCCUGCCCCGCAGGCUGUCUGAACGGCGGAGGCCAGCUCAAGGCCCUCGACACGCCCAGCAAGGCGCUUCUCCAGCACGUGGAGAUACUGUACGGCAUGGUCAGGACCGAGGCGCCGGAGGAGGUGCCUGGCGUCCAGGAACUAUACAGGUGCUGGCUGCAGGGCGAGGGCUCAGAGCGGGCUGGCCACCUGCUGCACACGAGCUACCAUGCGGUGGAGAAGGCCAGCUCCGGCCUCAGCAUCAGGUGGUAGGAGGCCUCCUCGCAGGGCUGCUGGGCCCAGCACAGCACGAAGCUCAUGUCCUGAGACCCCAGGGAUCGCCCCCAAACCACUGACUGCGCUAACCCACACAGAAACGGGACUCAGGACCCACAGUCAGGCAAGGUGACCUCCAGCCUGCCCUCACCCAGACUCCCGAGGGCAGGGGGCCGGAGGUCCCACAAGGUCCCAGAACCUCCCCAUGGGCCCAGGUCUGCGAGCAGUGUCCUUGCUGCUCCUGCCUGGAGACCCAGGUGAGGCCCAGUCCCGUGGGCAGCUUAAGGCAGAGCGAAAGUGGGACUCCUCAUCCCCAUUUCUGGAGUCACCCCUGAAGCUGGGUCUGCCAGGCUGGGGGCAACCCACCUGCCCUGGACAGCAGAGAACGCUGGCCGGAGAGGGGCACCCAGCCCACUGAGCCCCAUGCUGGGGAUGGCGUACCUGCCCCACCUGGAACUGGGCGUUGAGGACGCUGUGGCCUCGGACCUGACAACACGCAUUUCUGGGCAGAGUUCCAGGCGAGAAGCAGGCUCUGUUAGAGAGACCCUGUGAGAUGAGGCACUAAGUCCAUCUCCACAGCUGGGUUACGGGGGUGGGGGAGAGGCAGAUCGGGGUAAGCCUGCCAGGCCUGUUGUCACAGAGCUCCCAAUCUAAUAAAGGGAUCUCUCUGAAAACGGCUCCG